CCGCGGUGGUUGGGAAGUCGGGAUGGGGCUGCGCUCGGCUUAAACCCUUUGCGGACCGUAGGCCGAGGGCCGGCCGGGGCUGCUGACGCCCGGGCGCGCGAGGAGCGCGGGGUUGGCUUCUGGAACAGUGCGGGCGAGGCCUGGAAGUGUGCGCCUCCUGCGCUGGCGUCGCCCCGCCUCCAGGAUAGGACCCGCCCCGCCCUCGGUGCCCGGGACGUUCGGCGGGGCUGCCCCGCCACCCCGCCCGGGCCUCGGCCGGCUGGGGCGAGCGGAUGUGCGCUCUCGGGGACAACGUCAGCUAGCGUCUUCGCGACCGUCUGCCAGGUUGCCCAAACGCUGACGUGGAACAGCCAGUUCUGAAUCCUCAUGGAGAAGUUUGGGAUGAAUUUCGGGGGCGGCCCGAGCAAGAGGGACCUGCUGGAGACCAUCGAGAGCCAGAAGAAGCAGCUCAUCCAGUAUCAGACGCGUCUCAAGGAUGUGGUCCGCGCCUAUAAAAGCCUACUGAAAGAGAAAGAGGCUCUAGAGGCCAGCAUCAAGGUGCUGUCGGUAUCCCACGAAGCGGACGUGGGCCUCGCAGGUGUCCAGCCUCCAGGCUUCACCUGUCCUGACUCUGUGGAUGACCGAUGCUCCACUCACAGCGAGGAUAGCACUGGGACCGCCACCAGCUUGGAUACCACAGCCAGUCUCACUAGCACCAAGGGUGAGUUCGGGGCAGAAGAUGACAGACUGGCCCAUGGACCACCACCUCUAAAGUCCGAAGAGGCUAGUGGGUCAGAGAGUGGUGUUAGCAGUAGCAGUGGGGAUGGACAACCUGCAGGUGGGGAGGUGGACAAACGAUUGCACCAGCUGAAGACCCAGUUGGCUACUUUGACCAGCUCUUUGGCCACAGUCACCCAGGAGAAGUCCCGCAUGGAAGCUUCUUACCUGGCUGACAAGAAGAAGAUGAAACAGGACUUAGAGGACGUCAGUAAAAAGGCAGAGGAGGAGAGGGACCGUCUGGAGGGAGAAUUGAAGGGGCUGCAGGAGCAGAUAGCAGAAACCAAAGCCCGGCUUAUCACACAACAGCACGAUCGGGCCCAAGAGCAGAGUGACCAUGCCUUGAUGCUGCGUGAGCUCCAGAAACUGCUGCAGGAGGAGAGAACCCAGCGCCAAGACUUGGAGCUUCGGUUAGAAGAGACCCGAGAAGCCCUGGCUGGGCGGGCAUAUGCUGCUGGUCAGGUGGAAGGGUUUGAACUGCAGACUAAAGAGCUGACCCGUGAGGUGGAGGAGCUCAAAGGUGAGCUGCAGGCUCUUCGAGAUGAGAAGACUCGGCCAGACCCCCGGCUGCAGGAGCUUCAGGAAGAGGCUGCCUGCCUUAAAAGCCAUUUCCAGGCUCAGUUGCAACAGGAAAUGAGGAAGACAGCCCUUGCGGAGGAUCAACUACGCCAGCAAUCCCAGCUGGAAGAGCAGAGGGUGGCAGCCCUGGAGAACCAAAUAUCUGAGGUGUCGGAACUGCUGGGCACCUAUGAGAAAGCCAAGCAAAAGGACCAGCUGGCCAUCCAGAAGCUGAAGGAGCGCAUCCUGCAGCUGGACCUGGAGAACAAGACGCUGGCUCUUGCAGUCUCUAGCCGGUCCCCUCUAGACAGCCAUGCAGAAGAGUCCAGUCUGGAUGUCAAUGUCCUGAAGGACAAGAUGGAGAAGCUGAAGAGGCUACUGCAGGUGGCGGCCAGGAAAAGCCAGGUGACCUUGGAUGUAGAGAAGCUCUGCAACCUGGAGAUAAUGCCCAGCUCUGAGGCUGCCGAUGGGGAGAAGGCUACUACACUCUACUACCAACAGGAGCUGAAACAGCUGAAGGAAGAGUUUGAGAGGUACAAGAUGAGGGCCCAGGUUGUCCUCAAGAGCAAGAACACCAAAGACGGUAACCUGGCUAAGGAGCUGGAGGAAGCCCAGGAACAGCUUGCAGAGCUGAAGGAGAAGUAUAUCUCCCUUCGGCUGUCCUGUGAUGAACUCGAGCGCCAGCACCAGCAGGAGGCUGAGGACUGGAAGCAGGAGCUGGCCCGGCUGCAGCAUCACCACCGGCAGGAGCUGGAGCGGAGCCAGCUGGACUUCAGGGACCGCACGCUGAAACUGGAGGAGGAGCUGCACAAGCAGCGGGACCGUGCCCUGGCCGUGCUGGCCGAGAAGGACUUGGAGCUGGAGCAACUGCGGUCCGUGGCCUUGUCUUCUGUGCUGCCAGGACGCAGAAGCCCUGUGGGUGGCGGGAGUCCUGGGGACCCGGCUGACAUAGCUUCCCCAGAUAACCUGACCCAAGCACUUCAACUUGCUGCGGCCAAUGAGCCCACUUUCUUCCUGUAUGCCGAGCAGUUGGCCCGCAAGGAGGUGGAGAUCACAUUGCUGAGGAAGCAGAAACACAGGCUGGAGAUGGAGGUGCAUCAGCUGCAGGAGCGGCUGCUGGAGGAGGGGGAGCGGCACCGAGAGGAGGUUGGAGUUCUGCAGAGCCACAUUGAGAAGAACAUCAGAGACCAGAGUAGGGAGGGAGCCAAUCUGGAGUACCUCAAAAACAUCAUCUACCGUUUCCUGACCUUGCCUGACAGCCUGGGCCGCCAGCAGACGCUCACAGCCAUCCUGACUAUCUUGCAUUUCAGUCCAGAGGAGAAACAAGUGAUAAUGCGGCUCCCACCCAGUGGUAGCUGGUGGCCUUCUGGCAAGCGAUGAUGUCAUUUUUACUAACUCCUGAAAUUUCCGUGCCUCUUAUGUGGGAAGAGAAAGGCUCUAGUUUCUAUUGCCUCUUCUCUUACCUUAUCAUUUUUUUCUUCACUGUGUUGAACUGGGAGGAGUCUUCAAAGUGGGAUGGGAUUUUCUGCCAAAUGCCAUUAAUGCUGCUUUAUUCUUGGGCCCUAGAAAUACUGGAAGAGUAGGGACAGAAUCUUCUGGUGGUGUGUGUGUGUGUGUGUGAGGGGAAGGAGGGGAGAGGCUAGGAUUGAAACAUACAAAAGUCGAGGAAGUGGUAGGAAAAUAUUUGAAAAUAAGACGUUUUUGUUUUAUUAUUAUGCUCCUAGUGCAGAGCUAGGAGUAAAUGCGACUCCAAAGGGAGUUCAGGUAAUUUCUAAACACGCACAAGGACUGGCUAUUUUCUCCAUCGUCACAAUCUGAGUCUGGUCCACUGCUGCCCCAAUUAUCUGGGGACAUAAAUCCAGGCUGGAGAAGGACUGGGAAGUUUGAAAUAGUGGCAGGUUGUCCACUAGUUCAAAGGGCCAGGGAAUAGCGAGUUCAUCCCAGAGCUGGGAAGCUUGGUCUAGUUAGAAGCGAGCUGGACAAAACACUCCUUUUGACCACCCUAGAGAAAACUCUGAGCACCAGUUUGAUCUUAGGGAUUUCCUGAGUAACCUGCUUUUGGCCUGGAUAGGGUUCUAAUAGACCUUUCACACUUGUCCCUGCCUUAACCAGCCUGCCUGAGGUUGGCCUGAGAUUUGUGAGUGAAAGACUGCUAUCUUUUCUUCAAUGUUGAACUUCCGUUAAGAAAAAAAUCCUAGCUUCUUACAGAGAGAGGUCCUAUUGGGAAGCUCUGACCCUGCCUGGAUGCAAGGAAUUAGCUUAGAGAUUUAUAGGAAAGAGGAAGGAGAUUUGCUAUAGAGGAUUCCAGAAGAUUGCUGGGACCCUCACAGGAAAGUGGUGGAGGUUCAACCGAGGCCAGUGGGGGUACUUGCUGCUGCUUGGAUAACAUCCUGGCUAAAUCCCCAGAUCUCUACAAGCAAGAUGCUUAUGGGUUGCUGUCACCAGGGUAUUUUGCCCACUCCCGUAGGGAGGUAAUAGAGUUUCAGCCCACAGUUAUCUCCCCACAUGUGUUACUGUUACUUUUCCUUGUCCUGUAGGGUUUCUUACAUUUGGUAUUGCAUAAGUAGAUUCAUUCUGCACUUAAGGAAAGGAGGCUUAUUUUUCAGUCAGUCUGGAAAGGAGGGACUUAGAAAAGUCGGGUUCAGACACUGUCAAUUCCCUGUUUGUUCCUUGCCCCCCAUCUGCUCUUGUAGGUUGUAGAGAUCUUUGGACCUUAAAGACCAAUGCCUUGCCACUCUCUGGACUAAUCUGUAUCUUUGUAAUUUCAUCAUACGGCUCUGUUUUUGAGGGUUUGAGGUGCAGAAGACUUUGAUUAAAUAUUCUAAUUGGGAGGCUGGGUGACCUGGGUUAUCUACAAACUACAAAUAGUGCAUGGACUUACGGAACAGAAGCGAUAUGUUCAAAUGUUAAUAACAUAAACCAUGGAAUCAUUAAACCUGAACAGCUUGA